UUCCAAGACCCACAUAUUCUAGUAAGCCAUGAAACAAAACGCCUUAGCUUGUAAGCUAGUAUAGUUUAAUUUUUUAAUUAUUAUAAUUAAAUGUAGGCUUACUAUAACGCUUUCUGUUUUUUAAUUAGUUUUUUAAGAUUCCUUUUGGAGUUUUUGUUUAGUUUUUCGUUAAAUUCUCCGUGUUACGAUGAGGGAAAUUGUUCAUAUCCAAGUUGGGAGGUGUGGCAAUCAGAUUGGAUCUAAGUUCUGGGAAGUGAUCUCCGACGAACAUGGCAUUGAUCCAAACGGCCAGUACCACGGCGACUCCGACCUUCAAUUGGAACGCAUACAGGUCUACUACAACGAGGGACAAUACCCCAAAUAUGUCCCUAGAGCUGUACUAGUCGAUUUAGAACCAGGCACCAUGGACUCCAUUAGAGGAGGCGUCUACGGACAGCUAUUCAGACCAGAUAACAUCGUAUUCGGCGUCACGGGCGCAGGCAAUAACUGGGCUAAAGGAUACUACACAGAAGGAGCAGAUUUGCUUGAAUCUAUCCUAGACGUUGUACGAAAAGAAGCCGAAGGCUGUGAUUGCUUGCAAGGAUUCCAGUUAGUCCAUUCUCUUGGAGGCGGCACCGGUUCUGGACUAGGAACGCUGCUUUUGGCGAAUUUAACCGAAGAAUAUCCAGACAGAAUUUUGGUUACUUACUCCGUGGUGCCCAGUCCUAAGGUUUCUGAUACGGUUGUGGAGCCGUACAACGCCACCUUAGCAGUCAAUCAGUUGAUAGAGAACUCCACACAAUCUUAUUGUAUUGACAAUGAGGCUUUAUACGACAUUUGCUUCCGAACACUAAAGCUGCCGACUCCUACGUAUGGAGACUUGAAUCAUCUGGUAUCUUGUACCAUGUCGGGUGUGACGACGUGUCUAAGGUUCCCUGGGCAGCUAAACGCAGACCUAAGGAAGUUGGCUGUAAAUAUGAUACCAUUCCCUCGCCUACACUUCUUCAUGCCCGGUUUCGCUCCACUAACGUCACGAGGGAGUCAGAAGUACAGAGCUCUUACAGUACCAGAGCUAACACAUCAGAUGUUCGAUGCCAAAAACAUGAUGGCAGCGUGCGACCCUCGUCACGGCAGAUAUUUGACCGUUGCAGCGAUCUUCCGCGGUCGAAUGUCGAUGAAGGAGGUAGACGAACAAAUGUUGAAUAUACAGAAAAGGAACAAGGAGUUCUUUGUGGAAUGGAUUCCAAACAACGUGAAGACUGCUGUAUGCGAUAUACCUCCACGAGGUUUGAAGAUGUCAGCUACGUUCAUCGGCAAUACUACGGCUAUUCAGGAGCUGUUCAAACGAAUUUCGGAGCAGUACACGUCAAUGUUUAGGAGGAAGGCCUUCUUACACUGGUACACAGGUGAGGGUAUGGAUGAGGCUGACUUCUGCGAUUCUGAAAAUAACCUCUGCGACUUGAUAUCGGAGUACCAACAGUACCAGGACGCGACCAGUGAGGACCAGGAGUUUGAAGAUGAAGAUGAAGCCGAGGAAGCCAAUGAAAGUGAUGGAUGAAUUAUUAUGUAUUUAAUUUAAUAAAUUAUUUGUUGAGAUCGA